GUUCAAAGCGAGAAAUUUAAUUGGUUCGUUUCACUAACGGAACCCAUUUCCACCUUUUCCACUCACCCCGUUGCUAUGACACCGUACCAGACGCUUGUUUUCUAACAAGAUGCCCACCACCAUUAAAAUAUCUGCUGAUGACAUCACAACUGCUACAACCAACACCAACACCAGUGCCACCCCCCACAACAACAACAACAACAGCAACUCUACAGAACUGCCACCUUCUCUCAGCCAAUCCAAUUCUGAUGCUAACAACAUAGUUUCUACAAAACCAGGAGCAGGAAUUGCUGAAGAUUCUGUUUUUGAAACAGAAAAUGAUGAAACCACCAAUCAGAGUGAAUUUGCUGGAGAUUGCUCCAAGACAUUGGAAUCUACUGAAGAUUGUCCAGAGAUGGUGGGAACCAUUGGGGAUUGUCCAAAGACAGUGGAAACUGUUGGGGAUUGUCCAAAAAUAUUGGAAGAUGUUUCAAAGACAGGAGAAGGUUUUGGAGAUUGUCCAGAAAUAGUGGAAGCUGUUGGAGAUUGUUCCAAGACAAUAGAAAAAGCUAAAGAUUGUUUGAACUUGGUUGUAUCUGCUGGAGAUUGUUCAAACACAGUGGAAUCCAUGGCAAAUUCUCUAGACACAAUAGAAUCUGUUGGAAAUUGUUCAAAGACAAUUGAACCUGUUGGGGAUUGUCCAAAGAUAUUGGAAGAUGUUGUAGAUUGUCCAGAGACAAUGGAAUCUGUUGGAGAUUGUUCCAAGACAUUGGAAGAUGCUAAAGAUUGUUCAAACUCAGUUAUAUCUGCUGAGGAUGUUUCAAUAACAAUGGAAUCUAUUGGAGAAUCUCUGAAGACAGUUGAAUCUACUGGAGUUUGUUCAAAGACUGUGGAAGCUGUUGGAGAUUGUACAAAAAUAUUGGAAGCUGUUGGAAGUUGUCCAGAGAUACUGGAAUCUACUGGAGUUUGUUCAGAGACAGUGGAAUCUGUUGAAGAUUGUCCAAAGACAUUGGACGAUGUUAAAGUUUUUUCAAAUGUAGACAUAUCUGCUGCAGACAUUUCAAAGACAGAGGAAUCUACUGGAGAAUUUUUGAAGAAAGUGGAAUCUACUGAAGAUUGUUCCAACACAGUGGAAUUUGUGGAUGAUUGUCCAAAGACAGUGGAAUCUGUUGAAGAUGGUUCAAAGACACUGGAAGUUGUUGAACAUAUUCCAAAUAAAGUGGAAGCUGUUGAAGAUAUUUCAAAGACAGGAGAAAAUCUUGGAGAUGUUUCAAAAACUGUGGAAGAUGCUGGAGAUAUUUCAAAGACAGCAGAAACUGUUGAAGAUUCUUCAAAACUAGUAGAAUCUGCUGAAGAUGUUCCAAAAAUAGUAGAAGAUGCUGGAGAUAGUUCAAAGACAUUGGAAUCUGAGACAGUGACUACAAAUGGUUUGGAUGGAAAACAGAAAGACAGUGCAAAAGACAAUGUUUCUGAUGGAGAAUGUAAGAAAGAAAAGAAAGAAGAACCAUCACAUGAGAAAUCUGCUUUUGAAAAGGUGGAUGAUCGCUGGCCAAGACUGACCAAGAAAUUCCUCCGCCAACACUGCAAGGAGCACAAACUGUACCAAACACCUGAGCUUAACGAUGUUCUUUACUUACACUUUAAAGGUAUUUAUAAAAUCGAGAAUCUUGAAGAAUAUGUUGGCCUGAAGUGUCUUUGGUUAGAAAAUAAUGGACUCAAUAAGAUCGAGAACCUUGAGCAUCAGGUCGAAAUGAAGUGCCUCUAUCUACAGCAGAAUCUCAUCUACAAGAUUGAAAACUUGGAAUCGAUGCAGAAAUUAUCCAAUUUAAAUCUUUGCCACAACAUGAUUGAAACUGUUGAGAAUUUGUCCUGCUUACCUCAACUGAGUACCCUCCAAAUAACCCACAACAAACUAUCCACUAUGGAAUCUGUAAUCCACCUCAAAGACUGCCUGUCUAUUUCAGUGCUGGAUCUUUCCCAUAACAGACUUGAACAACCAGAAAUUGUCGAAGAAGUCUUUGCCAAAAUGCCUUCCUUGGGAGUUUUGUAUUUGAUUGGUAAUCCUGUUAUCAGAAACAUCAAGAAUUACAGGAAACAUGUUACCGUGGCAAUUAAAAGCCUGAAGUAUUUGGAUGAUCGACCAGUUUUCCCCCGAGAUCGUGCCUGUUCUGAAGCAUGGGCCAGAGGUGGAAUAGAAGCUGAGAAGAUAGAACGACAGAUUUGGAUUGAUAAAGAAAACAAACGAAUUCAAGACAGUGUGGAUGCUCUGUUGAAGAUUCGGCAAAAGAGUGAGGCCAAAAAGAUUCAGAAGAAAUUGGAUGAGAAAUGGCUGGAACGAGGAGAUGCAGAAAGAAACCAAAGAGAAGUUGUUAUCGAGGAAAGUAUUGACUGGUUGUAUGGGACAUACAAGACUAAAUGGAUUGAUGUGGAGAAAGGAGGGAACGGAGAUGAAGAGAAAAUAGAGGGGGAAGAAGGACUUGCAAGAAAUACAACGAAGCUGAAGGAAGAAGAGGGAAUAUGUGUAGAAGAGAAAACAGACAGCGUUGCAGAAGAACAGACGGAUGAAAGUGUUACGGAGGAGAAAAAUAUGGAAGAAGAACAAGAUGAAAAUGUGGAAGAGAAGAGUGCGAAGACGACAUCAUUCAAGGAGGAGGAGGAGGAGGUGAAGGAAGAAGAAGCAACGGAAGUAAUUGAUCUGAGAGGAUCUUUGAUGAAGACGGCAUCAGCAACGGCAACAGCAGACACAUCAACUAUUUUCAGUUCCACGGUUUGUGAUCAAGUGACACCCUCCACGGAGAAAAGCCAUUCUAUUUUGAGAAUUACCGAAAUUAAUGGUGAAGACAGCUCAUCAGACAGUGAAUGUAAUGAAGGUGCAGAGGACAUCCCUGUUCUUGAAGACAUUGACACUGAUAUGGCUUCUCUGGAGAAAAAUGGGAGUUUAUCAAAUAAGGUGGAGGAAAUAUAUAAACCAAUAAAGAUAUGUUUGGUUGAAGAAAUGGCGCCAUUGAAAGAUAUUACUGCUACUACUACUACAACUACGACUAUUAAUACCAGUUCUACUACUAGUACUACUACUACUGCUGCUGCUGCUGGCAUGUUUAGUAAUAACAAUAGCAGUGAUGGUGGCAGGGCGUUGGUGGAAGAGAUUAAUGAGGGAGUAGAUGAGAGCAGCAGGGUUAACGGUCAGUCGAGGUGUAACCCUUACAGAGUAUUGAUCCAAGAUAUUACUGGUAUUGGCAAAAGUCAAAGUAAUGAGGUCAUUGAGAUCAAUCAGAUUACUGAUCUGGAUGAAGUAAAUGAAAUUGAUGAGAUCAAUGAAAUCAGUGAGGUCGUUACAGGUGAUGGUCAUUUAAACGAAGGCAUCAGUGGUGCUGGUCACAGCGAAAUGGAUGGAGUAGCUGGACACUACAAUUGUCGUAGUAGUAGUAGCAGCAGCAGUAGCUGUAGCAGCAGCAGUAGUAGCAGCGGUAGUAGUAGUAGUGGUCGAUGCAGUCCUCUUACUUUAGACAUUAUCGAUGCUGAGGACGUAGACAAUAACGAUGAUAUCACCGGUCAGUGUAAAGGUCAGUGUUUGGAACCUGCCAUGGACAAUCUUGGUUGCAGUGACCCUUGUGAUGUGGCAGCUACAUCUGGGGGUUUAAAAGAUGAAAAAGGGAUUAUGGGGAAACCAGAUGCAGAGGACAGUGUCUGUGGAAAACAUAGGCAGCAUUGCUUUGGUAAGACAGAAUUUGCCAGUUCUUGCAGCGUACGUGAAACGAAAUCGGCCACCAUUCUGAGUAUGAGCUGUGAGGAGAUGCAUGGUGGUCAAUGUUCUCAUAGUGGACGAAAGAGUGAGAAGAGUUUAAACCUGAGUUCCGAUGGCACUGAACUAACAGAACGAUGGGUUUACCCUGCUGCUACUUUCUACUCAAAGAAUCUCCAGAAACAACCGGAAGAUUCUUUAAGUAACACACAGGAUGAGAAGGACAAAUCAAUUAGAGAAAACGAAGAAUGCUGUGGUGAUUCUAAAGAAGAAAAUUUGGUUUGAAAAUCGUGGAACCAGAUGAGAAGAAAGGAGAAGAACAAGAACAACAACAAUAAAAGUAUCUGUUUGUCUGUCCUGUAGCUACACACACACACACACACACACACACACAUGCACACACACACAUACACACAUACACACGUACACAGUUUGAGUAGUGUCUCUGUCUGUUUGUCUGUCUGUCUCACUCACUCUCUCUCUCUCUCUCUCUCUCUCUAUAUAUAUAUAUAUAUAUAUAAUACACACAUAUGCAUACAAAUAUAUCAUAUAUUCAUAUAUGUAUGUGUGUGUAUAUAUGUGUAUAUAUAAAUAUAAAUAUAUAUAUAUACAUAUAUAUAUACAUACAUAUAUAUGUACAUACAUACACAUGUGUGUGUGUGUAUGUGUAUGUAUAUGUAUGAUUUUAUUACAUACACAUCACUAAUCAAUCAUACAGAGUUCCCUAUUUUCGUUCACAUGAUUUCAUUUACAGAAAAAAUAUCUUAAAAACGUGUCUGGGUCCUCAGUCCAAAGCAUUCACAAAUAAAGUUGGUUGUGUAUUUGUUUAACUGAAAAAGGAAGCAAAUAAUGACGAACAGACAGACAUGUUUCACAGAACUAUUAAAGCAUGAAAAGGGUUAAUAUUUUCUUCCAGAACAUUCCAACAAUAAAAGAUAUGAAGGAAAGAUAUGGAAAUUGGUUAAAAUUGUGGAGAAAUAUUGUAAAAACAAAGAAUAAAUACAAAGCUGAUGAGUUACAAGUGUGUCCGUGAGGUUGAGGUACAAGCUUAGAUUAGUGACAAGAAAGUCCUCAUUUCAAAUCUUACCAAAGUCAUCGUUAUUGUGUCUUUGAGUAAUGGAGGCAACACAUUACUCUUCUUGGAGCUUCUGCUUCAUGCUCUCUUUGUGUUGCUAAGAAUAAUAGUUAAAUUCCCUUCAAACCACACCUAUUUUUGAAGAGGAAGGACACAGAUAAUAUAAUGUUAUGGUAUAUGUUUAGAAUAAUGUAAUAGGAUAGACAUAUUUGAUGCUGGGUCUGUUGGGUCAGGGCUGACUUGGGGCUAAAUACCUGUCCCAUGGUAACCACACCGCUCCUCCGACCAAAGGUAACUCAUGAAGAUACCACUUUUGCCAUUUGCCUAUCUUCUCCAACUCCACACCUAUGGCUGUGCAAAAUAAUGGAAGGUUUUUUUGCUACACACACACACACACAAGCACACACACACACACACACACACACACACACACACAUGCACGUACGUACAUGUGUGUAAAGUAGUAGCAGCAGUGGGACUAUUGUGAAAUUGAUGACUGUUUCUAGAGUGAACCAGUCAAUAAUUGAACUUGUGCUUGGUAGAGCAUCAAAACAAAAUGCCUUGUGGUAAUUAGUUACAACCCUUUACAUUCUGAAGUUGAUUUUGCCCUUCAUCCUCCCGGGGCCACUAAAACUGAAUACCAGUCAUGGAGGGGGGGACUUCUCCUCCUUGCAAAAGAAUCCUUUAUGGCCUUGUUGUCUAUCUUAUUAUUACAGUUUGAUAUUGUUAGUUAUUUGUACCAAUAAUUUCAUUAAUUAUAAAACACAAAAUAAUUAAAACUAUUUUCUAUUUCAA